CACGUGGUGGGUUCUCCCAAACGUGUCGACGUAACAGUUUCUUCUUUAUAUUCUUACCGUCACGCUUCGUUAACAUUCAUCUUCUCCGUUUGUUAAGCAAAGCAAAAUUUGCAGAAGAGAACUUAAGAGUUAAAUAUGAAUUCUUGGGGAGGUUGCUGUAUUGCGAGAUACGGUGGUGGUGGUGGAUAUGAUAUGACGAAAGUGGAUCGGAUUAUGCUCCGGUAUCGUCCGAUUGCUCCGAGACCAGAUUCCGGUGGAUCUUCUUCGCCGCCGGUGGAAUCUGUUUCAUCGAAAUCACGUAGAGGUGGUAAGAGAAAAUACUCAAAAGAGAACAGUACCAGCAGCGACGGAUCUGUUAACAGUAACGGCAACAGCAAAUGGUGUAAUCGACGGAGAAACGAAUCUGAGAUUGUGACGCUAGCUCUUCUUCCAGAGACUCCAGAGAGGAAGAAAUCGUCUAGGGCUUUGGCAUCGGUGCCGGAGAUAGACCCGGCGGCUUCGCUGUGGCUGAGUUUCGGAGAUAACGGACGUUAUCAGACGGCGAUGAAAAAUUCAGAUCUGAUGACGGCGAAAACGGAAACUGUUGUGUCAUCGUUGUUGACGGUGGAAUGCGUAACGGAGGGAGAGUAUGAGUUAGCGUGUACGGACGAGGAGAGGAAGAUGAAUCUGGAGAGAGACACGUGUCCUGGUUUUAUAUCGGACGGUUCAGGGAGAGUCAUUUGGACGAAUGGUUCGUUUAGAGAAUUGGUGAUUGGGAAAGACGAAAAGUGUUGUAGUAAGAUGAGUGUGUGGCUUGUGAUGAAGGAGAAGCCUUUGCUAACGCAACGGACGUUCACAUGUAGAAUGAGACUGCAGUACAGGUGUCGUAAUAAUGAAGUGAGUUCGAUUACUUCGCCGUGUGAUGUUUGGAGGAUGAAUGACGGUGGCUUUGCGUGGCGGCUUGAUGUUAACGCUGCACUCUGUCUUGGACGGUGAGAUUUUGGCCGUUAGAUGUAACCCGGGAUCGAAUAGCUACCGUUAGAUUGACUUGAUGAGGAGAAAAGGCUUACUCACCUUGAGCCAUGCAGUUCGAGAUCUUUGAUCUUCACUUAGAACUUUGGAGUGUACAUAUUUGCAAGUUUUGUUAGCUUUACAUUUUGAUUUUAUUUUCUGUUUUUUGGAGGUUUUUUUUUCUUUUCUUUUUUCAUGUCUGUUUGUACAAAUUAGUUGGUACUCCAUUUAGAGGUGUCUUUUAUUUCUUUUUGGUGAAUGGUGAGUAAGGUUGGAAAGAAUAAGUUGUUUAUCAAUAUUGUAAACUCAGAAUUCAGAAAAUGGUUAUAAAUUUUUAACAUUUAGACCAAAAAAUGUUUUUAAUUCAUGCAUAAAUUAAUGGUAAAAUAAGUUCUAGAAUUGAGAUUAUCUCAAUCGUAUUAAACCUGAAAAAAAUUAUGGUGGGAGUGAGAUUGAAUUGUCUUUUCACUCACAUUUAAUUAUUCGUAGAAAAAACUUUUGAUAAUUUCGGCACUCAAAUACUCAAUCAUGUCCAAGAUUUGAAGAAUCGACAAUCUGAUGGUAGUCAAGUAGAUGAAGUUCGAGGACAGCUUCAAGGAGAGAAUCCAUUUAUUCUUCGCCUAUGGAUUGAGUUUGAUUACUUUGCCUUUUUGACGUUUAACAAUGAACGAUGGUGGCUUUGCAUGGCGGAUUGAUGUUAACGCUACACUUGU